UAGAGAGAGAGAGAGAGAGAGAGAGUGAUAGUGAUAGUGAGAGAUAAACAAUGUGUCAGGGUGACAAAACACCGAGUUAUAUCUCACACAUUUAAACUAAACAGCAGACCACAACAACACGGUCACCUUUUCUGACUACUCCGGUUCCACCUGAUUUUUAACUAACUUAUUAAUUAACAAUAAUAUAAUACUGUCAAUAAUUAUUAUAAUUAAUAAUUAUUGAAACGAAUUUCAUUAUCAUUAUCAUCAUUAUUAUUAUUAUUAUUAUUAAUAAUAUUGUCAUUAAUUAAUAUCGUUGCAAUCGGUCGUUGUUUGACUCUCAAAAGCUGUCCAGCGAACAGAACAACUACAACCGCAACCACAACAUUGACCAGAGCCAAGACCAAACUAUUUACUGUGUCUGAAUGUCGCUGUAUAUCUGCAGACCAUGUCAUCGCUGCUUCUCUUCGUAAUACCAACAGUAACAACGAUUACUACCACAACCACCAGUACUACUAAAUCUACUACUACGACAGGUACACUGACACCACCCUUAUCAUCACAACAACCACCCGGAUAAGGUGGCUAACAAUCUUCAAAUCACAUCAGCACUAAUACCACCAAACGCCACCACUGACCACCACCCCAGUGGUUUUACCUAAUCGGGACCCUUUUUCACCGGUGAAACACAUCGUAACCCCUACGACUCUACUGUCAAUUUCAAGCGAAAUACAUAAAUAAUUAUCGCUCACACUCCUAAAAUCCCUUAACGGAAAUAACAUAAACAUUUAUAUAUUUAUAUAUACAUACACUCAGACACAUAUAUUUAUAUAUUUAUACAUAUACCUACGAUAAAUCUGUUUGUAUUAAUAUCCAUCUGUGUGUACACGUAUACGUGAAACAAAUUGUGUAAUAAUACAAUUUAAGUGAAUAACAUUAAACCAACUCGUGUUUAUUUUAUAAAAAAACACGUACUUUUUCUAAACUUUUUUCUUAAAAAAAUGAUCAUGGACAACUCGGAAUAUUUAAUGGAAGAUAUGGCUAGACAAGGAUCGAACGGAGUCAAAUUGGAACUUAACGACAGAUUUUCCUUCAGUGAAAGGAUGGUCCGAAAACACAAAUGUUCCAGCCCUUUAAAUUUUGCUACAUCCGUUGAAGAUUACGAGAUGCAUGGGCCUCCAACUAAAAAGCCAAAAACGCCAAGGGACCCAAUGUCUCAUCGGAUUAUUGAGAAGAGACGCCGUGAUCGUAUGAACAAUUGUCUCGCUGACCUCAGUCGUCUUAUUCCUGCCAACUAUAUGAAACAGGGCCAAGGUCGUAUCGAGAAAACCGAAAUCAUUGAGAUGGCCAUCCGACAUAUCAAACAUUUGCAAAACAUUCACAGAUCUCUGGUAAACCAGGGACAAUGUUGUGCAGAGAAAUUCUACCUUGGCUUCAAGGAAUGUGAAGCUGAGACAAUCCGCUACUUUGUAGAAUGUGAAGGUCUCGACAACAAAGACCAGUUCUUCAUGAGGGUUAUCAGCCAUCUGGAAGCAGUCAGUAAAAAGCAUCUUGCUACAGGAUCACAAAACUGUACUGACUUCCCAAAAGAAGAACCCAGUUCCGGAGACAAAGCCAACAUAUCGUGUUCAUCACUAAAUGCCGAAUGUGAGAACAACAAAAUGAAGAGCAAUGACAGAACACCGCAGACGGUUCCGGAAAUACUUGCCCCUUCACAUGACUCAAUCAAUUCAGCAGCAAGCAAACAACUUCGGUCUCUGUUGUCUCAAGGAAAUGCUGGCUUUGAGCAACCUGACAGUGGUAAUGCUAGCUGUGCCGAUUCUCUGGGAAUGUUUUCAAGCAGUGAAUCUAGUAUCUCUGGAAACAAUGCUGAUGAGGCCAACAUAAACAUAACAAUGGUGAAGGAGACAUGCAUUACCAUGGAAACAUUGGGUCUGAGAGGAUCUUCAAGUGGAAGCAGCAAAGAAAAUAAGUUUACCAAUUACAAGUUUAAGCAUGACAUCACAAAGCGUUUCUCGGAAGAGGAGAAGUACAGCGUCGAUCUCUCGGCCUCGUUGACUCAAGAGAAUAUCAUAGAAUACCAAGAGAGCCAUAACUUUGAAAAAAUUGGAUAUGAAAAACACAGCAAAGAUAAGCAUGGAUAUGAUAAACAUGGCCAUGAUAAACACGAUAAACAUGGUCAUGAUAAACACAGUCAUGAUAAACACAGUCAUGAUAAACACGAUAAACAUAGUCACGACAAACAUGGUCACGACAAACAUAGUCACGAUAAACACAGCCAUGAUAAACACGGAUAUGAUAAACAUGAAAAGCAUGGAUAUGAUAAGCAUGGUUUUGAAAAGCAUGAGAAGUUAUCGAGCAAACUAAAACGAAAAAUUGUGCGUUCCACAUCACCUAGUUCUUGUUCUGAUUCCACUGCAUAUCCAACUUCAGAACACAGUUCAAACGGUGCCAGUAAUAAUGUUUCCACAAUGCUUUGCCAUUCUCCCGAAGAUGAAACGGUGAACAACGGCGUUCACCUCCCAGCGUUUGUGCUGCACCCGCAGGGCACGCAUUACCUUCCCCUCACGAUCCAGCAGUCGUGUUUCCAGAACAGCCUGCAGCAAGCGGAACGGACGCAGCAGCCCAUCGUAUUCCAUCCCAUCAGCAUCCUCGUCAACUUCGCAACGCCCGGUCUUGUCAUCCAGAAUGCUGAGUCGUUUGUUAAUAACGCUGCCAUGGAUGUUACGUUUUCUUCUUCAUCAUCUACUUCGGCUUCGGCUGCUGCCGCUGCGAAUGCCGCUGCCGCUGCCAAUGCCGCCGCCGCCGCCACCGCCAACGCUGCCUCCGCCACCACCACUGGUGCUCCGCUGGCAGAGAACGGCAAUUCCAACAACGGCCGCAACACGACUCUUGUCAAUAACAACAACAACAGCAACAAUAACAACAGCAACAACAACAACAACAACAACAAUAAUAAUAAUAAUAAUAAUUGCCCAAGCUCUGUGAUCAACAAGUCCUCCCUCUCUCACAACUGCACUACAAUAACUUCUCCCUACAAUCUCAGUCCGGCGAAUUCAUGCCACAGUGUUGGUAGCAAUAAUAGUAGUUCUAGUAGUAGUGGUAGUAGUAGCAGUAAUGUUACUGCUGUUAACAGCAACAACAAUAACAACAACAACAACAACGGCGCUGUCAACACCACCACCGCCGCCACCAUACCACUCAAUGCCAUCCAAGCUAACAACCACAUGUCGCCUGUAAAGCAUGGCAAUAAUACUGACCUCAUGAACUCUGGCCCUGUUGUGGUCAACAGCGCAAUGUCUUUGCCGCAGUCGUCAUCACCCCCUGCAGCCACGCCGACUGUAACAUCUGCAACAGCGCUGCUGCAGACACCAGCUGGUGCUUUGAUUACGCAAGGCAUUGUCGGCACCAGUCUACUGCACCAACAACAGCAACAACAACAGCAACAACAACAGCAGCAACAGCCCCCAUUACAACCACAACACCUACCAAUCCAUCAGACGCACUUACCUCAUAUCCACCCUCAUCAACCACCCCCACCACCACAGGUACUACCACCACAAGCGCUCCAACCACACCCACACCACCACCUCCACAGCCCAAAUGCUAACACUUCUCCGAUGAUGCACAUGGAGCGUGAUAAUCGAAACACCAGUGAAGGUUCCAUUCCCAUCGUCGUACCAACUUCCAGUUGUUACCAGUCUCUAUGAAGGUGGGCGGCCCCUUAUUAAAAA